AUGUGCAAAAGAUAUAUAGGUUUUGCAUUUGCAAAACUUGGAUGUUUAAAUUUUGGCAUACAAAUUGAAGGUUUUCGAGCAUUUCAAUAUUUUGUAUACACAUUAUUUUUGAUUAUUUUGGGUAGUUUUGAUUUUCCAGCACUUCAACAAGCUCAUCGUGCACUUGGUCCCAUAUUCUUUUUAACAUACUUUCGGUCAACAAUAUGCAUUUUGUCGUGCUUUUAUCUUAAUAUUCCGAAUCGACAAGAUCUAACUGUAUUUACAGAAAAAUUUCAAGAUUAUGUUUUUGCUGAUAAUAAUGAUAGAGCUCGUCGAGUUACACCGGAAACUCUUCCGGAAUCCUGUGGAAUGCACCACAGGCGAAUCGCCGAAACAGAAAGUCAACCACCAAAUAUACCAGCAACACCACCAAAUUCCAAUGCAUCUUCAUCACCAAAUUCAAACAAUAACAAUUCUAUGCAAUUAAUAACUAAAGAAUUGAAAGAAUUAAAUAAAAAGAUGGAUACAAUGAUCACAAUGAGUGAAAAAAUGAUUACUAUGACCAACAAACUUUUCUACAUACAAAUAGGAAUGCUCAGUCUUCUUGUUGUUACAAUACCAACGGCAGCACUUUAUAUGUAG